AUGGAAACCCAAGUUUUUUACUCGCCAUCUUAUUAUGUCGUUCUCCUUUCUCUUGCUUAUGCGAUCAUUAUCAUGUUUGUUUUGUUAUAUUUACAAGUGAAUUGGAUAUUUGCUUAUGUUAUCGUCGUGGUUGAAUCAAGUUGGGGACUUAAACCUUUAAAACGAAGUCAAAUUUUAGUUAAAGGGAUCAAAGGGGUUGCUUUGAAGAUUUUACUUUUUUUCGGCUUCUGCGGUUCGAUCAAUGUAUUGCGCUCAAUUAUGCAAUCGGGUGAUUUAACUGGUGAUGAGUGGAAAAGUUGGGACUUUAUUUGGAAUAUUGUCGGCACUACCGCAUUGUACAUGGUGAUUAUGAUUUAUAAUUUGGCUGCAUAUACAGUUUUCUAUGUAUAUUCCAAGGCUGAAGAAUUUGGAGGGCAAUAUGUAAGUUUGCCUUUUGAUGACGAUGGCAAAGUUCCAAAUGUUGUCUCAAUCGUUUAA